ACUAACUUGUUAUGACAUGACAGAUGUAUUUUGUCCAAAUUCAUUCAUACUAUACCUAUUCAUAUUAUAUAGUACCUACUGUAUCUAAUUCAGAACCUAGUGUCACAGUAUGCUAUUUCAGACACAGCCUAUUAAAAAAAAGAAAGGUUUAAUUUCCUGUGAGGUUAUGUUUUUAAAUGGUAAUGAAGGAAGUCAUUUUAGUUUUGCAGCAUCUUCCUUCACUGACGGAGAACAGCUUUGCUUUACUCUUGACUGCAGCUGCAAAUGGAAAUGUUUAAAAUACUCAUUUUGACAGUGGCAGUCAUUGCAGCAGUAAAAUCUCAAAAUGCGGCUGAUGAUCCCUCAACCAAACCGCUUUUAACCCAGACCCCAGAUGUCCCAGUGAUUUACACAGGAGAAAAACUAACAUUAAUUUGUAAAUCCGAGGUGCAGUCAUCAGGCUGGGAAUAUCUCUUCUUUAGAAAUUCAGAGCAGAUUAACACUGACACCAGCGCAAACAGUUUUUCUGUCACAUCAGACAGUGGAAAAUACUGGUGUCAAACCAAAAAAAAAAAUUUCACCUCUGGCCAAAGUGAUGAACGCACAGUAACUUUCAAAGACCCCCCCAGUGUUAAAGUCGAGUCAAACUGGACAGAUGCUUUCAUUGGUGAAACAGUGACUUUGAAGUGUGAGAUUCAAGAUACAUCAGAAAAAUGGAUGUAUAAGUGGUUCAAGGAUGGAAACAUUGUCUCUAGUGGUCCUGACACACAGAUAAAUGGAAACACUCCGUCAAUCUCUGUUAAACCCAACCAAAGUGGGACAUACACAUAUGUUUGUCAAGCUGAGCUGGAGGGCAGGUCAGUGAAGACUAAAGAAAGCUCAUCACAUUCGUUUAAAGUUCAUGAAAUUCCUAUCCCAAAGCUGACUGCUAAUUCAAACUGGACAGAGUUUUUCCCAAAUGAACAAAUCAUCAUGCAGUGUGAAUUUGGAAGCAGUUCUGACGGCUGGUCCUUUGAAUGGACCAAAAAUGGGGAACUAAUUAAAACAAACCCUACUUUAACCAUCAUAGCAAAGAGUUCAUCUGACUCUGGAAGAUAUGCAUGUAAAGGAAAACUUAAUGGCAGAUCGGUUAUUACCCAACAGAGUAAUGAAUUUCAACUUAACAUAAGAGAUUCCACGCCUGAACCAACCAUACGACCAGACCCAUCAUUUGAGUUUUUCUACACUGGUGAACAAGUCCAGCUUACUUGCAACAUGUCAGGUGUCGCAUGGGAAUAUUAUUGGUACAAAGACUCAAAGCAAACAAAACCUACUGCAAAUAAAAAUUAUUUUAUUAAUUCAACAUCGGUCCAUGACACUGGUGAAUAUCACUGCGAAGCAAAGAGAGGGAACUUCUCAAUCAACAGUGGGAAAAUGAAAGUGCAAGUUAAAGCUCUUUCAGCAGCUUCACUGAAUCUGGUGACUGAAUUGAGUGACAUCAUCGCUGGAAAUAUCCUGACACUGAAUUGUAAGGUUUUAGAUGAUAAAACAUGGAAUUACACCUGGUUUGAGAACCAUCAGGAGCUGAAUGAAUCUUCAAGUACAUUAAAGGUCAAAUCAACCGAAGAAACUAUUAAAAAUGAAUUUAAAUGCAGAGGGAAAAGGACAGAACGACCGCUGUACUCCUCUUUGAGUGAUCCGUUCAUGGUAGAUAACAUUUUGUUCAAAAGAAAAAUACUGCUGGCCAUUUCGGGCUGUUUUGUCUGCUGUUUUGUCAUUUUGAUCAUUGGAUGCGUCGUACUGAAAAUCACUCGUAAACCAGAAAAGAAAGAGCCAGUUCGUGAAGACUUGUUUAUCUCAGUAGCAGAUUCCAAGAACCAAACUACUUCACCCAUGACGGAUUACAUGGACAAUAAACCAUUAGAAAAAGAAUCUGAGGAAAAAGAAGAACUGCAGCUGGAUCGUAUUUCUGUCACUCAUGUUGAUGGUGUGAUAAAGGAUGAAGAUUCACCAUCAGCAGAAACAUCUGGCCUAACAUCUUUCAAAUAGCAAUCUAAAGCAAUUUGUGAAAACAAUCAACAUCAAGACAAAGCUUCCCUCUUUUCUACUAAAGCAGUUAAAGUAGCACGUGCAUUAUUAAUAAAACUGAAUCAUGUAUUAUAGCAUAGCACUUUGUCUAAGAGCAAUUGCACUUUUACACUGAAUAAAUGCUUAUGUUUGAGACUGGACCAUUUUUAUAUUAACUGCAGUUUAAUUUACGGUGGACCAAUCGUGCACAACACAAGGAAAUUUAAGAGCAAACAUAAGUUCACAACACUACGAAAUGAAGCCACACCACAACGCAAAUGCUCCCGACCACUAGGGGGCACUAUAAAAAUGAAUCACGCCGCCGCCAUAUUAGGAACGUUUAGCUCUGCUAGUGUUAUUGUUUUGGUAGCCGUCUGUCUAAUGUUUUAUAUGCAUAAAGUAUUUAAAUCUUGAUGGAGAAAGAAAAAUAUGUAACGGGAUAAAAAGUAAAGU